AUGUCCGCGCGACGGAAGGUCUCGGCGAUUCUCGCCCUUCGUAGCGUUAUUAUCGUGCCCAUACUCACCAUAUCCGCAUCUCCCCGCCGCGAAAGGGGUGCGGAUACGGUGCGCCCUCAGGAGAGCGCGGCUGGCGGCCCCCCCACGCUCCUCGAGAGUGUGCCAAAAAACGGCGUGGGCGAGGACGAUCGAGGUGGGAAGCAGGCAAAGCGCUGGCAGCCGGGCACGCCCCCGUUGUUUACGGAAGACGGUAAGACAUUGUUAGCAGACAAUGUAGUUCUCCCACCAGGGUUUUAA